GGCAGGGGAGCCGAGGGGAGGUCACCUCCGCGUCAGCUCUCCUUUCUCUCCGUCGGUCCGUCCACGCACCCAACUCCGAAGCCAAUCUAGCUAUCCGGUAUAAAUUCCCCAGGCACUCCAAACUCCUCUCCACCUGCAAAACCAAUCCUUCCCAAGCUCCAAGCGCAGCAACCACUUAAUUCCAUUCCAUGGCCAAGGUGCACCCCAACGCCGUCGUGCCAGAGCCCGCCACCACCAGCAGUGGCACUGGCGGAGCGGCGGUGUCACCAGUCGAGGAUCAAGAGCCCGCAGUGCUGACGGUCUGGCGCAAGUCGCUGCUCUUCAACUGCGACGGCUUCACCGUCUUCGACGCCAAGGGCGACCUCGCCUUCCGCGUCGACUGUUAUGCUGCCUACCGCAGGCGCGCCGAGGUCGUGCUCAUGGACGUGGCCGGCAAGCCGCUCCUCACCAUCCGACGCAAGAGGCUGAGCCUGGCGGAGCACUGGGUCAUCUACGACGGCGACGCCACGGCAGCAAAGGACAGCCCUCUCCUCUCCGUCCGCCGCCCCGCCAGCCUCCGCGCCUCCAGGGCGCUGGCGCACAUCACGCCCCUCGCCUCCAGCAUCUCCGCCGAGGCGUACGUGGUGGAGGGCUCCUACGGCCGGCGGGCCUGCGCGGUGCGCGACGCGCGCGGGGAAGCUGUGGCGGAGGUGCGGCGCAAGGAGGCCGUGGGGAACGACGUCUUCAGGCUGGUGGCUGACCCUCGUCUCGGCGCGCCGCUGGCCAUGGGCCUCGUCAUCGCCCUCGACGAGAUGUUCGGUGGCGGCGGCGCAUCGGCGCGCUGGCUGCUGCGCCGGACCUGGUCGGCGUAGGAAAGCCAUAGAGGCCGCUGACAACCGGUCCCCACAUCAGGCCCAAGUCUCUACUGUACUGUGCAGUUCAGAGGCCCGGGACCCAGCUGUCAGCGUCAGCAGAGUUUGCAAUGCAGCCUGCAGCUGGGUCUAGCUUCUACUUCUAGCGUGCCGUAUCAGAUUCAGAUGUGAUACACAGCUACCUUAUAGUGUACACAAGUACAGAGUUUCUUCAAAAAAGAAAAAGAAAAACAAGUACAGAGCUAGAUUGUAGAUGAAAUUUUGCUGAUGAGCAAAUUGUACCCUGCCUGUUACUCCAGGACGCGAGGCGAAAUAAUCUUCAUCUGAACCGACUUGUAUGAGUUUUUCUCACGGCAUCUAAACGAUCAUUGUGUGCA